AUGGGGCGAUCUACGGUUGACGCUGUUGAAGAGGUUGUGUCAGAGGCAACCAUUUCCAAGCAGUCUGACCACAUCAACAAUUUGGAUACUUGUAAAAUCAACUCAGCUAUAGAGGAGCUGGUGCUGUUCUGUGGUGAUAAAGACAGAACUCUACUGAUGAAGAUGCAAUCAACUUUCAAUCAGAUUGAAAAGUUGGACCACAAGGACCUGGCCGGUCAGAGCCAGCCGUGUCAGAGUGCUGAGAUCCAUCAAACAACAAAUGGGAAACCAGGCCACAAUCAAAAUCAUGACGUGCUGUUUGCGGGCUACAUUCGUCAUGCGCAGGUGCGGGAAUACUCUCACUGUCGCCCUACCACAGGUCCCAGAAAGUGUACGAACCUACUCGCUACGACUAUCGGCUUAGUAUCUGUCAUCGGACUAUUCAUUGUUGCCAACUGGCAGAUGACUUCGGCUAUUCGUGUUCACUACUUUGGAUCUCAAUGCUGCUUCUAUGGAGCCAACAUAUAUUUUAUUUUCCAGACAGUGUUCUCCUUCUGGAUGGCCCCACAGCUCAACUCUCUACAGAUAUUCGUACUAAGGGCUCUACUCAGUUUGCUCAUGGUCUCCCUCAACAUAGGCACCAAUGUUUGCAACUACAUGGCCUGGAAGCUAUAUAACAACUUCAACCCAAAUUCCAGUUACAAAGACCAUCUACUGUGGAACCCUACAGACCCAGGCUAUGGCUGGCACUUGGCCUACACCAUCAUGGAGUGGUGUUUAAUGUUAACUCUCUCUCUGGCAGUUCUCUCUUUCUUCCCCGAUUUCCAGAGGAUUAAAUUGGAAGAACCAGCAAUAAAGAUGAAAAGGCUGUGGAAAGAUGAGCGGUCCAGCACAUCAAGAGUAUGAGUGGUUUGGUCAUAAAUAAAAUGUAUAUAAUAAAUAUUAGCAAG